AGGAACUCCCGUGAAGACGUUGGAGUCGAAGCUCCUCUGUGAGGGUUGAAUUUUUAAUAAAGACUAGUUAAUUUGACAGCAUGAGCAGUCAUAUUUCUGUUUGGCUUUAAUUUAACUACCAAACAUGGUAGUUAACCCCGCGCCAACCUGGGGGUUGAUUCAGACUGUGAACUACGGAGAAGAAUGCCUUUGUUGGUACGCUAGCUAGUGUUAGCUUUCAUGAUGGGAAAGUAAGAAGCAAAAUAUAAAGUUACACUGACUGACCCUUGAGAGGACUGUCGUUUUUUAAAAGAAGAAACACGACGAGAAAAGAGAGGUCUGUCUGUGUGUGCCUUUAGCUACCUCCGAACCGCUUACACGAUGAAGAACUGCGAGUACCAGCAGAUAGAUCCACGGGCACUGUCGGUGACCCCGCUGUCGGCGCAGAAUCUCGGGGAGAAGAAGGCGCAGUCGCCCCGGAGGAAAUGGGAAGUGUUCCCCGGGAAGAACAGGUUUUUCUGCGAUGGGCGACUCAUUCUUUCCCGACAGAGCGGUGUCCUUCCUCUGACAAUGGGCCUUAUUGUUGUCACCUGUGGCCUUUUCUUUGCAUUUGAUUGCCCGUUCCUGGUGAGGCACCUGACCGUCUUCAUACCUGUGAUCGGCGGGGUGCUUUUUGUGUUUGUGGUCAUCUCCCUGCUGAGAACCAGCUUUACCGAUCCAGGCAUUUUACCCAGAGCCACUCCAGAUGAAGCUGCAGACAUAGAGCGGCAGAUAGAUACCUCAGGAUCCUCUACAUACCGCCCUCCUCCGCGGACCAAGGAGAUCCUCAUCAACCAGCAGGUGGUAAAGCUCAAAUACUGCUUCACCUGUAAGAUGUUCCGCCCUCCUCGCACCUCCCACUGCAGCCUGUGCGACAACUGUGUGGAACGAUUUGAUCACCACUGUCCAUGGGUGGGAAACUGUGUGGGAAAACGCAAUUACCGCUUUUUCUACAGCUUCAUCGUCUCCCUAUCUUUUCUCACGUCUUUUAUAUUUGGCUGUGUCAUCACACACAUCACCCUGCGUUCUCAAGAAGGUAAAAGCCUCGUUCAAGCCAUUCAAGAGAGCCCUGCAAGUGUGGUGGAGUUGGUGAUUUGUUUCUUCUCCAUCUGGUCUAUUUUGGGCCUCUCAGGCUUUCACACCUACUUAGUAGCUUCUAAUCUCACCACAAAUGAAGAUAUAAAGGGAUCCUGGUCAAGUAAAAGGGGUGCAGAGGAGUCUGAAAACCCAUACACUUAUAACAGCAUUAUAACUAACUGCUGCGUAACGUUAUGCGGCCCCAUGCCUCCGAGUCUGAUCGACAGAAGAGGUUUCCUUCCUCCGGAUGAGCCGAUCCCUGCUGCUUCUGCCUCAGAUUUAGAGCUGCCCCCCUUCAGGGCCAAGAAUGAUGCAAACAUGUGCACUCAGAGCACAAAGGAUGUGCUGGAGAGGGUGGUCCACUCCUCAGACUUUCCUGUCCUUUGCUCCCCCGGGACCCCAAAGACUACCCCUCAGGUCCUGAAUGUUUCUAGCCGCGCAGCCCCAACCACAGAGCCUUCGCCGUCUGUUGGCUGCACACAACAGCAAGCUCGCCAGCCAGCGGCCACUGCAUGCCCCCCAUUCAGCCGAAGCAACAAGAGGGACUCGCUGCACUCGAUCAAUCCAGCCUUCCGUCUGGCUUCUCCUUCACCCACGCUUAGCCGCACCACACUGAUAUUAGGGGAUGCACCCGACACUGGCUUUAAUCCACUGCACUGAGCGGACUCCGGCUGCACUGCUCAUCGCUGGUCUGGCUAUAACCUCUUUCGUUGUGGUGGUCAUGAUGCAUGUUGCGAUUUGUUUCAUCAAGACGUCAUUGUGAGGAGUUGUGGAUUAAGUUGCACCACCAGUGUCACACUGUAUGUGUCCUUCAGAAUUUAAGUAAUUCUUAGUAACACUUGGAAGCACAAUAUAGAGAGAUAUUUUUUUAAACACCUUUUUUUAAGACGCCCAGAACAUGCCUCCACAACCUCAGCAGAACCUCAGUGUUUAAGUUCCUGCUAUUAUCUUAUGCAAACGGGUAUGAAAAUCUGGGUUUACGUACAUUUCGACUGUGGAUGCAAGAAGUUUGGACUUGCCGACCUGGUAUGCUCUGGAUAGCGAGCCAUUUCAGGAUUAUUUAUUAACUAUAUCAGGAUUAUCAACUCAAGAGUUGGCCUUAUGUCUGAUUCGGUUAUGUCCUGUCAUUUCCUGUCUAGAUGUACAUGAUCGCAGUGUAAUCAGGCGGUUUAGCAGUUUGGAGAUAAAUUAAUAAUCAGAGCGUGAAGGAUGGGCAAGGUACAAUUUAGUUGUUUUUUUUUUAAUGUCUUUAUUUCAGGGGUUUUGUUUUAUUUAUUAAUCACCUCUGCAUGUCUUGCAUAUCAGAAAUGACAUUUUUCUGGAGGUUCGUCAUGUUUAUAUGGACAGCUAUAUUCAACCUGGGCAAGGUGAGGUAAAUUUGUUUGGGUUUUACCAGGAAAUAGCUUCCACAUAUUAUUUUUUUAUUCUUCAGUCUGUUGCUCAUACUUUAGACAUCAAAGUAUUUAAAUCAAAUUUGCUGCUUCCUGCCAGGAUAUGAAUAGUGCUAUUUAUCACUCUUUUUAGUGUUACUGUGAUCUGCUGGGCUGCUUUAGGGACGGGUGAGCAUCUGUUCAGUCUUUGCCUAAGGGCAGGAAGACUGUAUAUUACUGCAGGCACUAUUUUAGCAGAACAAUGUUUGGAUGGAUGGAUGGAUGAGACCUCUUUCAUGUCUGUGACCUUCGUCCACAUUGACAGCAUGAAACCUGCUCCCCUUUCUGUGAUGGUGGAGAACAAUUUAUUUAAAAGAAGAAGGCAGGAGCUUUGUGCCACUAGAGGGCACCAUAUGAGUACAACAGUUUGAGUGAAACGGUUAGGGAGGGGGAAAAGGCUUUUCUGUGUGUUAUUUAUUCAUUUUGUAACUGAGCUUUGGAGCUGUAUGUAGGUUGUGAGUUUGUGAAGAACUACAUCGCCAUAGUGGGUCAUUCAUUUAUCAAAUAUCAGUAUCAAGACCCAUAGGUAGAGUAGGCGACUACAAGCAGCGCUUGUAUGAACAAACGUUUGUAUUUUGUAUGGUGUAGCAGUGCAACUGUAACAUUUGAUCAAUAAAUAUCAUCAGACUUGGUGA